CAGUGCAGAAAGACGUACCGGGUGCAAAACAAGACUUCUGACUACUUUGUCUGUCUGUCUUUAAACGUCCUGGGAAGAGUAGUAAAUUACAGUAGGAAAAUAGUCAAUAUUUUCAAUCUCCAUGUAUCAAACAGCAUUAUUACUUUUAACGGGGCCUUUACGUUAUGUAAUUGAAUCGAUAACCCAAUAUUUAAAAUGUGCCAACAAAACAAAUGUGAAAUUUUUAUACGUCAAGUUGGAACCAGAAUUUAAUCAACCAGUUUCAAAAUCAGAUCCAAGAAAUUUGUUGGGCUUAUCUUCAUUCAUUCCUAUAAUUUAUAGCAAAGCAUCUAGUGUUUGUGAAAAUUUAGACGUUCGUGUCUUACUUAAUGGGAAAAAACAGAUAAAUUCUAAUGACAAAUUUUCAAAAUUCGAUCUUAUCUUGACAAAUAGUGACGAAGACGACUGUAGUAUUACCCGAUACAUUGAUAUCUGCUUUGAGCAGAACUGCUGCAAAAUAGUGAAAUUAGAUGAUAAACAGUUUACAGCCCUGAAUGUGGAAUGUCAGAAUUCUUUACCAAAAUUUCAAACUUAUAAAACGGUUUGUUUAGGAGGUACAUUUGAUCGUUUGCAUAAUGGUCAUAAAGUUUUGCUAAGUGAGGCAGCAUUAAGAGCUACUGAUAAAUUAAUUGUAGGUGUUACUGACAGACCUAUGCUUAAAAGAAAAAUAUUAUGGGAAUUAAUUGAACCCGUGGAAAAGCGAAUUGAAGAAGUUUCAAAAUUCUUAUGUGAUGUAGACUGUUCACUCUCCUAUGAAAUAGUACCUAUUGUGGAUCCUUAUGGGCCUACUAUUACUACACCUGACAUAGACUGCAUAGUUGUCAGUGCUGAAACUAAGACUGGGGGUGAAAAAGUAAAUCAAGAACGUAGAAAAAGGGGCAUGAGUGAACUGAGUAUGUACAUUGUAGAUUUAGUGCAAAAUGCUAACAGAAAUCCAGAAGAAGAAGAAAAAAUGAGUUCUUCAACAAAUCGUAUGCAUCUCCUAGGAAAACCUCUCCUGAAAUCUCAAAUCAUUCCAAAUUCUAACACAAGUUAUAUCAUUCUUUUAAAAGGACAACUUAUGAGUGGAAAAUCUUAUAUAGCUAAGUGUUUUCAACAAUUUGGUGUGUUCUUAGUAUGUUGCAAUGAUGUAAUUCAUUCAGUACUGAAUGAAGAUAAGGAUUUGAAAGAGAAAAUAACUAAACAUUUUGAUGAUAAAUUAACCAGGGAUGAUGGUUCUUUUGAUUAUGAAAAAUUGACCCUUGAAUGUCUAGAAAAUAAGGAAAAAAGAGAGUGGAUUGCUCAUACAAUAUCAAACAAAGUGAAUUACAUUAUUGAACAAAAAUUACAAGUUCAUCUCAGAACAGGUAGGUGUAUUGUUCUUCUGAAACAAUCAACAUUAUUAGAACUAAAAUUAAAAACUGCUGUUGAUGAAAUAUGGACUACAAUAUUGCCUGUUCCUGAAACAGUUAAAAGAUUAAAAGAAUUUUAUAACAUAAGUGAAGAUGUUGCUACAAAUAUUUUGAAAUCUGUGCCAUCCAAUGAAGAACUUAUACAAGAAUCAAAUAUUAUAUUUUGUAACCUUUGGUCCACUGAUUAUACACAACAACAGGUGCAGAGAGCUUGGUGUUACAUAAAAGGAAUGUUAGGAAAAUUAUAAACCAGGAAUUUUAUAGAUAUAUAUUUUUGUAUGCUUUAUUAUGCAAUAAAUAUUAUUUUUUUAUUUAUA